AUGAGUGCGGACGAAGACGAUAGGGGCGGCAAGGGAUCGAGCAACGACCUGGGCGUGCACCUCGCGAGAGACGAGGAGGAAUUGCCGGAGCAGCUGAAGCAGCGGCCGCGCCAGUCCGACGGCGGGGAAGGCGGGGACGCGGGGGAAGCGGGGGGAGCGGGAGGGGGAGAGGGGGAAGAGGAGUCCGGUGGGGAUUCCGGCGAUCAGAGCGACUCGCUGCAUGUGCACGUGCAUCUGAUCGCAUCGUGCGAUGUGGAGUCGGUGGAGGAGAGUUUGGACAUGCUGCAGAGUAAAGUGCUGUGGGAUGAGCAUUACGUGCCGCUCACCGUCCUGCUGGACUGCCACGAUCCCAAGUAUGAAUCAGCAGUGAUGCUCGCAACUCGCCGCGUGCAGUGGCGUUUUGGUCCCUACACCGUGCGAUCCAACGCUCCCACCAUCGAAACAGCCACUGCCAGAACCGCCGCUGCUGCCGGGCUGAGGGGCGGGAAGGGCGCUACUGCUGGUGCUGCUGCUGGUGCUGCUGGUGGUGGUGAUGGGGAGGAGAGUGACUGGGCUGUUGUGUUUCCUAGAGACAAAGUCAAGGCAGCUGUCUUUCAGAGGAGGAGGCUGCUCGGGUGUAACGAUACCGCAGUAGGGGGGACGGUCCCUGCGGCUCUCAUCAAGUGUGAUAGCGAUAUUGGGGAGAGGGAACCUGCGGCUGGAUGGUUCGGGUUUGACAAAAUCGGGUAUGGGUUUAACGAAACGGGGGACGGGGGAGAGAGGUUAUGGGCGCCUGAGGAGUUUUCACAUGGCAGCGGAAAUGCUCUUUUGGAAGGGGAUGUGGUUUUGGGUUUGGGUUUAAAUGUGGAUGCAGGUUUGGGUGUGGGAAGGCGCUUGCUGGGUAAAACAGCUGUUGUGGCAAAGAAAGGGGUGGCGGUUUUGGGUAAAGGAGCUGCGGUGAAAGGUGGGCAGGGGCAGGGCAAGGGUAAGGUUGCAGCAGCAAAGGGCGGUUCAGCUGCAGUAGCAGCAGGAGGUGUUAAACCAGGCGGUAAAGCCGGGAAUGCUGCUGCUGCAGGCGCUAAAGCAGGAGCAGCAGCCAAGGCAGGCAGCAGCAAGGGUAAACCGGCUUCUACUGGCACCAAACCGGCCAAAACAGCUGCUGCUGCUAAAUCCACUGGAGCUACAUCCGCCGCUACAGCUGCUACAGCCGUCGCUGCACAGGGCGGCAGCAGCGAGGUGGCAGCUCUGACCUUCCUGGACGCGUGGCGGCCGAAAUCAGCCCUGGGCAUCGCGUUCUACCUGCGGGACUCAGCGCGCGUGUCGCCCUUCUUCUACCGCUUCCUGGUGGACUCUGUUGAGAUGCUUGCGGGGGCUGCUCCUCCGAGUGACGAUGGAACUGACAGCGUGGGCGAUCUUUACUCGAGCCCACCCUUCUCCACCCUGUUUGGAAUCAGCAUACUGGACCCGGGCACAGCACCAGCGACCUCUACUCAAGCCCGCCCUUCUCCACUCUCUUUGGAAUCAACAUUCUUGAUCCAGGCACUGCACCAGAUGCUGGCGGGGGCUGCUCCUCCCAGUGAUGACGGUGGGGAUAGUGUCAGCGACCUCUACUCCAGCCCGCCCUUCUCAACUCUCUUCGGCAUCAGCAUUCUGGACCCGGGCACGGCACCAGGGGCUGCUCCCCCAAGCGAUGAUGGUAGCGACAGUGUCAGCGACCUCUACUCGAGCCCGCCGUUCUCCACCCUGUUCAGGAUCAAUAUACUGGACCCAGGCACGGCACCAGGUGAGCCUUCAAUCCUACCCACCAUCCCCCACACCCGCCCCCCACACACACGCCCUGGGCAUCGCCUUGUGCUCUACCUGCGGGACUCGGCGCGCGUGUCGCCCUUCUUCUACCGCUUCCUGGUGGACUCCGUUGAGAUGCUGACGGGGGCUGCCCCUCCCAGUGACGAUGGAACUGACAGCGUGGGCGAGCUGUACUCCUCCUCACCGUUCUCCACCCUGUUCGGCAUCAGCAUCCUGGACCCGGGCACAGCAGCAGGUGGGCUAGUGUUGUGGCAGACUGAAAACUUGAUCUUCCCUUCCCCCCCCCCCCUCCCCACACCCAAGUUCUCCACCAACCCCCCCCUGCGUGGCACCUGCACCAUGCACAGACUGUCGACUAGCAGUCUAGGGUUUGACGAGCUAGGAGGGGAAGGGGACGAGGGAGAAGAAGACUGGAGGGAGGGCAGGCAUGGGAGCAGACUGCUGAUGAGUGCUGGUGGCAGCGGUGGUGAUGGGUUCGGAGGGGUUGGAGGGGGAGGGGAAGGGGGAGGAGGGGAGAGCGGGAGGAGGAAGGCCAAGUGGGGGUUCAGGCUGGUGGCGGCAGCUAAGGCGAUGGAUAUGAGGCAUGGGAACAGGGUGCUCAUGAGUGCUGGAGGCAGCGGUGGUGAGGGGUUCGGAGAGGUUGGAGGGGGUGGCGAGGGCGGGAGGAGGAAGGCCAAGUGGGGGUUCAGGCUGGUGGCAGCAGCUAAGGCGAUGAAUAUGAGGCAUGGGAACAGGGUGCUCAUGAGUGCUGGAGGCAACGGUGGUGAGGGGUUCGGAGAGGUUGGAGCGGGUGGAGAGGGCGGGAGGAGGAAGGCCAAGUGGGGGUUCAGGCUGGUGGCGGCAGCUAAGGCGAUGAAACGGGCGGCAAGGCGGGUGGCAACUGCGUCUGGUCUGAGACGCACCCCCAACAUCACCGUUCCCUUCUCCAUGGAAUACGGGGGGAUAGGGUACAAGCAGUUGUUGCUCAAGCGCACGCGAUUGGUCGGCUCGAUUCUCAAGAUGGGGUACAACGUGCUUCUUGCUGACGUGGACGCCGUGUGGCUCUCCGAUCCAUUCGUCCACAUGGGCAACAAAUCCGUGGACAUCUACGGGCAGCUGGAGCCCUCGGGUCAGCUGUGCGGGGGAUUCCUCUUUUUGCGCUCCACGCCGCGUGUGGUAACCCUAUGGGACCAGGUUACGGGGCUGUACACGCGCACAUUCAACCGCAUGGCUAAAGAAGCACUGUACAAGAAACCAGAGGAGAUGGGCGCGUGGCUAAAGCAAUUCGAGCACCUGCAUGAGCAGAGGUAUCUGAACCAGCUACUGGGGAAGCGGAGGAACAAGGUGCAGGUGCGAGGGCUGGAUGUUUUGAAGUUCCCCAACGGCAAGGAGUUUUUCGUGCAGCGGGCGCCGCAGCAAGCAGAGGUGGCGCCUGUUGUGAUUCACAACAACUACAUCAAGGGGAAGAAGGCCAAAAUUCAACGGUUUAAAGAGUUUGGUUUAUGGCGAGCUGAUCCAAGUGGAACCUCAUGCCUUUGCCUUUCGUGCCCAUCGCAAGCCACCACACAAAAAGGAGCCCUAGGUCGGCACUAA